GGGGGUGGGGGCGUGGCUAGCGCUUGCGAGGGGAAGAGGCGGGAGAGAGAGGACAGUGCGGCCAGGGCAAGCGAACGGAGCAGACCUGCGUUAAGAUGUCGGCUCAGGGGAUGUCGGUGGAGCAGCUGCUGGAGUGGCUGAGGAGAGAGGCGGAGGUGCGGGGGCCUGGCUGGCUGCAGGAGCAGGUGGGUGCGUGCGGAGUUUUGCCUGCUCCUGUGGCUACCCCUCUUGAACGGGCGGCACGGCCGCGGCGGGGUCACCCACCGGCGCGCCUCAGCCCUGAAAGCACCCCCCGGGCCCGGCGCCGAGUCGGGAGCCCCUCUGCGGACCCUCCGCGGCGGAGGGCGGCCGCUCGGCCUGCAGUGAGUCGCCCUCGCCGCGGGAGGAAUCCCACUACACGGCGGGGCCCUGAGAGGAGCGGGACGCCCCCUCCCCCGCUCCCGGCGGCGGUCUUCAUGGAUGCGGGACCAGGAACGGUGGUCCGGCCUGGGCCUUCUUACAGCGGGCGGUCCACUCGGCGGCAGGAUGAGUUCCAGGUGCUUCGGGCUGCAUGGGAUGGAGGGGAUUCCCCGUGCAGGCCCAGAGAAGAUCGAGGCGGUGAGGUAGAGGGUCCCCUCGUCGACACGGACGCCGCGGUUCCGGCCCGGGGGCCUUCCAGUGUGGUCCAGAGGGUCGUCCAGGUGGUCCAGGAGGAGCAGCCGUCGACGUCUGGGAGCUACGCCAGUGAAGUGUCGGUGCGGCGGGAGUCUGGAUCAGCGGCAGCGGGAGUCACAGCGCCCGUGGUGCCUGUGGGAGCGGUUCCGGCUUCUAGCGCCAGAAGCGGAGGAGGAGGGUCUGGAGUGUCCGCCGUGGCUCUGGGGGAUCCUGGAGGAGAAGUGAUGGGGUUGUUGAGGGAUUCGCUGAGUCCGGGUACUUGGAAGGAGUAUGGUAAGGCGUGGACGACCUGGGAGUGUUGGAAUGAUGCCAGGGGGACGGGUGUUGGGGGCGGGGAGGUUAGGCUGUUGGAGUUGCUGGGUUGUUUGAAGAGGGAGGGGUGGACAGUGUCCAAAGUGAGUCGUUUUAUGGCAGGGGUAGCUUUUGGGUUUAGGUUGAGGCGGCUGCCUGAUUUGACGAAGGGUUUCCUGGUGCGGCAGGUGUUGAAGGGUUGGCGCAGGGGGGAGCCCAAGGUGCCGGAUCAGAGGAAGCCGGUGUCUUUUGAGUUGCUGUUGCGGGUGGGCGUGCAGUUAAGUAGCAUUUGUAAGUCUGGUUGGGAGCGGGGGUUGUUCAGGGCGGCUUUUGCAUUAGCGUUCUUUGGAGCGUUUAGAUUAGGGGAGUUGGUGAGUGGCAGUGUUCGGAGAGCGGGGGGUUUGCGGUGUGAUGAUGUGGAGUUAGCGGUGGACAGGGUUGUGGUUCGGAUUCGACGGUCCAAAACGGAUCAGGAGGGCAGGGGGCGGCAGUUUGUGUUGUUUGCGGUCCCGGGUUGUGGUAUGUGCCCGGUGCGGUGUGCGGGCGCUUACGGCGCGGGGAUUACCAAGGAUGCGCUGCCAUUUCUUCGGCAUGAGGAUGGUUCCUUUUUGUCCAGAUUUCAGUUUCUGGCGGUGUUUAAGAAAUGUUUGAGAGGAUUGGGCGUGCCGGCGGAAGGAUAUGCUGGGCAUUCGUUUCGGAUUGGGGCCGCGACGGAGGCGGCUAGGUUGGGGGUCAGUGCGGAGGGGAUUAGGAGAAUUGGGCGUUGGGAGUCGGCGCGGUUUAAAUCGUAUGUUCGGUUGGGGUUUUUGUAA